CGCGAUGCUCCGUCGCGUAACUAUUUCGAGAUCGCACAUAGCCAAAAAUCAGUAGGCCGUUGUUUACUGUCGAAAUACCCGUACGGCGCGCGCGAUUACUGGCCCGAUCCACGCGGAAGCCUGUCACAACCGGCGCGUCGUCGUGGGAUUGGAUUUCACGAGCAACGCUGCGUGGGAGUGUGCCUGUAAACUCUUCACACUCUGAAAGAAGUGCCAAACUUCCUGCGGCGUUGUGCUGGCAGAUUCUCGAUGGGCCUGCUUUCGGUUAUUAAAAAGGUCAAGGCCAAUGAAAAAGAGUUACGCAUCCUUAUGGUUGGACUCGAUAACGCAGGUAAAACGACGAUAGUAAAGCGAGUCAACGGCGAGGAUAUCGGCUCCGUCUCUCCAACUCUAGGUUUCAAUAUAAAAACAAUGAGGUAUAAAGGCUACGCUUUGAACAUAUGGGAUGUUGGCGGGCAAAAGACGUUGCGCAGCUACUGGCGCAACUACUAUGAGACCACAGACGGACUGGUGUGGGUGAUCGACAGCGCAGACCAUCGACGGUUGGAGGACUGCAAAGAAGAGCUCCACGCGCUGUUGUCCGAAGAAAAACUUGUUGGUGCGACACUGCUGAUCUUAGCUAAUAAGCAAGAUAUUCCCGGUGCAUUGACAAAAGAGAUGCUCACGCGGGUUUUGGAUCUUCGGAAAAUGACGAGUAGGCGCUGGCAUAUCGAGGGCUGCAGCGCAUUAACAGGAGAGGGACUGCUUCAAGGCCUAGACUGGUGUGCCGAAGAUAUCGGAUCACGGAUAUACUUGUGUGAGUAAAAUCUCACAUCGUUGAACAACAAGGGAAACUGGUUUGUGCUUAGCAAAGUUGUUCAUGAUACUUCUCAAACUAACCGCAUUCGCCGUCAUUAGUCUGUCGAUUCUUCUUAAACUCAGGCUUCCACUUCCAAAGUUGGUGUAAUUCGCAGGUCCCUUCUGGCGCACAAGGGCUGACUGUUUCGGAUGAACCAGAAAAUACGAAAACAUAAACUUUUUUUCCGCUCCCUGAACUUAUUUCAUUGACUUCGCCCUCGCCAUUGAGAAUGCAGAGUUGCUGUGGUGCCGCGUUACUGUUACCUAUGUCUUUUCGCGCGGUUAUUUACGCAUCUUUGUGAUCUUAGUAUUUCUGAUGGAAGGUAUUUUAUUGUUAUCCACCUCAUCAUACAGAAGUUGAUGAGGCGUGUGGGCACUAGCUCGUCGAUCGGAGGAACUAGAGCCGCGAAGACCCCAACGUAUGGAUGUGAUGAGAGUUGGCGCAGCAGGAACUGCUCGAAACUUUUCUGGGAGCGAUUCAUAUUGUAGCAAGCAUAAUUGUCUUGCUUCCGCGUGUAGCGCGUUGUUUCCACCUUCAGACCGCUUAUUUGCACAAUGCAGCAAUGGACCGUUUACAAAAUAUUCCGUUUGGCUGGUUUGUGCCGAUAUCCGCGCAGUUCAGCAUGCAAGGGUCUUAUGUUUGUUUCUCAAGGCUCGUCCAUAUCGUUGACACAAUCCAUUUUCGCGCUUGCAGGACAGCAGCACCAAAUGCACUGCAGGGCACAACAGCAGGAGAGCCAACUUUCUCUGCUGGUGCAAAUCCCAAGUCUCGGUAGCCCAUGUCCAUCGUGUAAUGGUUCCCAACCGGCACGGACUAAAUCUAGUUCAAGGUCGCGCGUCAGAAGGCAAAGAUGUAUUGCCGAUACAAUCAUAAUACUGAAGGCGAUAGCCAAGCAAGCCAUGUAGAAAAAGAUCGAAUGAGUUGUAAAAGCUAGGGCCGGAGCCGCCAUGAUGACGAAGUCGAACGUCCCGUGAUAAAACCAAGAAAAUCCAAGGCACUGAAGGACAUCAACACGAUGUUGCCCACUUCUUGCUGCGGCCAAAGACUGAGCAUCGAGCCACAAACUCCUCACAUACCGUGUUGCUGUCAUCCCCGCCCACACUGAAUGUAAGGGGAAAGCUCCACGGCCAAAUGUGACC